AUGGUUUAUGCCAACGCUGCCGUUCCACCUGGUACUGUUCCAAAAGAUUACUUGGAUUUUCAAAAUGAGCGCCCAUCAGAUAUGCACAAGAUUGGCAUUUGGUUUCCGAGAGACACGAAAGAGCCCGAGCUUGUAUGGGUGCCCAUCAUUUGGACAAUGGACGAAUACCAUGCCGAUUUCGAUGCGUUUCUCGGCCCAAAACAUGCUGUCUUGUGCACUCUACCGUUCAACGAAAAUAAGAGGCGGGGGUUGAUGUUAGACCAUCAGAUCACGAUAUACUAUCAAGACUGGGAUGAAAGAUCUCCCAAGACUAAUCAAUCCAUUCAGCAUGCUGUAGAGGCAUGCCACGGUAUGCGAGUGCCUUACAAUCUAUGCGGAGAUUUUGUUGCGAUGAGAGGCAGGCGCGGGGAUCCAUCAUCCGAAGACCUUGAUAUAGACUGCGCCGAUUUUCGACACAUCCUGGACUUCUUCGGCACAUAUUUUGAUGAAACUAUCCGCGAAACACCCAGUGGCGGCUCUGUGAGGGCUGUCCAAAUUAGCUGUUUCCUUGAGCAGACGCUCAAGAGCUGUGAAAAUUUUCAAUUGGUGGUUGUCGAUCGUGAUUUCCCAAGCACUAAGAUGGCUUCGGGCUUGUCCAUGGCGCUUGAAGAUCCGAUGUGGGCAUGCGAGAUCGAUCGUGAUGAACUGAAGGAUGGAAUCGCGCUACUGGAUGAAUUACCGAAGGAUUCUUGGCGAAACCUUCAUGCAGAGAUUCUAGCCACUAAUAUAGAUGCAGCAUCUGACAGUUGGGGCAUGCCUAUUAGCUCUCAUUGGCGCUUCGAUGGGAGUAUCAUAGUCAUGCGGACGGAUGGGAAGGAUCUGGAUAUCGAAAGGGUACAGCACAUAUGCGCUUACUAUCUCAAGGUCCUUCAACCGCUCUUUGCAAGGGCACUGUCUGGAGAGAUAUCACGCGAAGAUGUUUUGGCAGAAAUUACGCGUGAGAAGAUAAUGGCAUGGAUAUCGGUAUUGACUCCAGGAGAAGUUUGGAUCUCGGGCCACAACAUGGAUUUGUUAAAAGCAUGUGAUUUCGAACAUGGUAAGUGA